UAAGGCGGUUAAUAUUCAUUAAAAGAGUAAGAUAGAUGUAUUUUGUAUUUAUAAGGACAUUUUUGGUCUAAAUUCUACACGUGGUGGAUCUUCAAGCGUCGGCUGUCUGAAGGCUGAUGUCACCAUGUUUUACAGAAUGUCGAGAAAUAUUACAGUAGCAGCAAUCCUCAUGUUACUGACAGGAGUUCAGGCUCAGCACAGUGUAAAUCUCUCCUCUCUGAGUCUCUGUGCUGUUACUGGAUCUACAGUAAAAAUCCCCUGUACAUUUACAAAACCUUAUCAGUCCAGUGUCACACAGAGAGAGUGGUAUCGAGUCCAGAGCUCUGAAAGAGAACCACAAGACCUGAGCAAAGAUCCACAAUACUCAGGACGAGUGUCUGUAAGCACAGUGACGUCUGACUGUGAGCUGACACUGAGAAAUGUGAGUGUGAGUGACUCUGGAGUUUAUAACUUUAGAUUUAAAACACAGAUAAGUGACUGGAUAUCAGCCUCAUCUGGAGUUCGACUGACUGUUACAAACUUGCAGGUGAAGGUGGAUCCUAACACUGUAGGACAGAGAGAAGUGAAAGUGACCUGUAGCUCCACCUGCAGCAUCAGCACACACCGUUACUACUGGUACAGGUAUGGCAAUUACUUCAGAUAUAGCACUGACGCCUCCAUUGUCCUCGACUCAACCAGUCCACAUGAUGAAGGCAGCUACUCCUGUCAGGUGUAUGGGAAAGAACACCGCUCUCCUCCAGUGUGUCUUUUCAAUGAAAAGAGCUGCUGGAGCGUGACUUACUCCACCCAGACUAUCUGCUCUCUGUUUGGCUCAUCAGUGGACACGCACAGUUAUUACACCCUCCCUGAUCAUUACAAGGUCACAAACAUGUUCUGGUUCAUUAAAGAGCAAGCUGGUGUUGAGCCUGUGGAUGUGAGAGAGGAUGAGGAGUAUCAGGGCCGAGUGCAGUACACACACAGCUCCCAGAAUAACUGUAGUCUGAGAAUCACUAACCUGAGAGAGAGAGACGCUCAAACCUACAGAUUCAGAUUCUACACUGAUGAUCCUAACGGCAAAUACACCGGCCAACCUGGAGUCUCUCUGUCUGUCACAGAUCUGAAGGUUACAGUAACAGACUUGAGUAAUGGGUAUAAAAAGCUGUGCUGUUUCACCACCUGCACUCUGUCUAACAACCCCACUUACAUCUGGUACAAGAACAGACAGCGUGUUACUGACAAGAACAGAAAUAAACUGUAUGUCAGUAGUGGGGAUGAAAACAGCUACUCCUGUGCUGUAAGAGGACAUGAGGAGCUUCGCUCUCCUGCUGUCUGUGUUUCUGAUGAGAAGAGCUGCUGGAGUGUGACUUACUCCACCCAGACUAUCUGCUCUCUGAUUGGCUCAUCAGUGGACAUACUGAGUUACUAUACCUUUCCUAACAAUCAGAAAAUGACAAAAGCAUUCUGGUUCAUUAAAGAACAGGCUGAUGCUGAGCCUGUGGAUGUGAGAGAGGAUGACGAGUAUCAGGGCCGAGUGCAGUACACACACAGCUCCCAGAAUAACUGUAGUCUGAGAAUCACUAACCUGAGAGAGAGAGACGCUCAAACCUACAGAUUCAGAUUCUACACUGAUGAUCCUAACGGCAAAUACACCGGCCAACCUGGAGUCUCUCUGUCUGUUACAGAUCUGAAGAUUAUGGUGUCAGACUCAGGUAGUGGACAAAAGAAGCUGAGCUGCAUCACCACCUGCACUCUGUCUAACAGACCCACUUACAUCUGGUACAAGAACGGACAGCGUGUGUCUGACUGUAAAUCUGCCUCCUGCACUGUAGCUGCAGUCAGUGGUGCGGUCAGUUACAGCUGUGCUGUUGAAGGCCAUGACAGUCUCCUCUCUCCUCCAGUGUAUUUCCCUAAAAACACCAGAGCAGUGGUUCUUUCCUCUGGAGACACAGUGGAGGGGGGUUCAGUGACUCUGAGCUGUAGCAGUGAUGCAAACCCUCCUGUACUCACUUAUUCCUGGUUUAAGCAGAGAGCAGCUGCAGACACACUGCUGACAACAGGCCAGAAUUACAGCAUCAGCAACAUCAGCUCCCAGCACAGCGGACUGUACUACUGCACUGCUCACAACCAGCUGGGACAGCACAACUCUACACCAACACACCUGGAUGUGUUAUGUGAUGAGGACAGCUCAGCUGAGGUAUGGAAGUAUGCUGUAUGGGGAGCUGCUGCACUCGUUCCUGCUCUGCUUCUCUCUCUUCUUACUGCCGUUCUGUGCAAUAAGAGGAAGCGACGAGCAGAGAGAGACACAGACAUUCAGAGUAUUCCAACACCUGGAGAUGACAUAUAUGCUGCACUGAACCCUGUGACUAUGUCCCCGGAUUAUGACACUCUGCAAAAUGUUAAAAGCUCUGCCAGUGACACUCACACAACCCUGAACCCUGCAACCAUGUCCUCUGAUUAUGAAACGCUGACGGGUGUGGCUACUCGACUCAGUGAGGAGUAGUACUCCAGACCUGGAGAAUGAUAACUAACAGAUGAGUUUGGUUUGUGACUUUACAUUCAGCAUCAUGAACAGCACAGGAAAGAUGCUCAGGGUGAGAGUUUUAGGAUUAGAGUUGAGGAUUAGAGUUAAGCAGCGUUAAGAAGACACCAUAAACUCAUUUCUGUCUUAAGUAAGUGUCAUUCAUUUAUGUUAUUUGAGCAGCUUCUUUAGUUUCUCAGUUGUCUUUCUGCACAUUUAAUAUAUUAUAUACCCUCAUAUAUAAUGUGUGUGGUGGCCUGGGAUAACCCUUCACAUUUUCCACUGUAUCUAGCUCUACAGAUUUUUUUGUCUCUUCACUCGCGUGAUCUCUGUUCACACUGACAUCAGUGGAGAAAUAAUCACUGAUUAAUUCAAUCAAUUCUGAUCUGUUGGUUAAAUUUCUUGUUACUGUCUUUUUAUACUUGUCUAUUUUGGCUAAACAUUUACUUUGUUUGCUAUUGUCUGAUCCUAUUUGUUAUUUUCAAGUGUUGUAAAACUUCAGUGAAAAGCUGGUUAAUGAUGAUAGCUGAUAAUGAAGCAAGGAAUACCAACCUCCAUCAAGAAAAUUCUAUGAUGUCAGACCUGUUACUGUACAAUGUAUAAAAUGUUCCUACGUACAAGAAUAAAAUAGACCUCGUGAGCUUUUACGUCGUAAUUCUUCAAACAGCAGUACAAACCUCUUUACAUAAUAUAGAGAACAAUCCUGGUCAUUUGAAAAGUAUUAAUAAAAUAAAAUUAAGUCUAAAUACAAAAUAAAUAAUAAAAAAUCAUAAUUUAUGGCCCCAAAUAUAAAGGACAUGAAAUCAU